AUGUAUUGUGGAAACUACAUACAGGGAACAAUUUUUCCUGCUCCAAAUUUUAACCCUGUUAUGGAUGCUCAGUUGCUAGGAGGAGCCCUACAAGGAAUUAGUUGUGAAAAAGAUGUGUUGAUUGAUGUCCUAACACAGCGUUGCAAUUCACAACGUGUUAUGAUUGCAGAGGCUUACAGAGACAUGUACGGCAGGGAUUUAAUAACAGACCUAAAAGAGAAUCUCUCUCACCACUUCAAAGAAGUCAUGGUUGGCCUGAUGUAUCCACCUGCUUCCUAUGAUGCUCAUGAGCUCUGGCAUGCCUUAAAGGGAGUAGACGUGGAAGAAAAAUGUCUAAUUGAUAUACUGGCCUCAAGGUCAAAUAUGGAGAUCUACCAGAUUAAAGAAGCCUACUUAAUGCAGUAUAAUAAUGAUCUUCAACAAGACAUUGAUUCUGAGAUUUCAGGUCACUUCAGAGAUACACUUCUGAACCUUGCUCAGGGAACAAGAAUGGAAGGAUUUGCAGAUCCUUCUGCAGCUGCUCAGGAUGCAAUGAUCCUGUGGGAAGCAUGUCAACGGAAAACAGGGGAACACAAAAACAUGCUCCAAAUGAUCCUCUGCAAUAGGAGUUACCAGCAGUUGUGGAUGGAUUUCCAGGAGUUCCAAAAUAUCUCUGGGCAAGACAUAGUAGAUGCUAUUAAUGAAUGUUAUGAUGGAUACUUUCAAGAACUACUGGUUGCAAUAG